GCUUUUGCUUGAGUGGUGGGAGUGGUUCUAAUCAUAACGCUCAUGAUCCAAACUCGGCGUCUGUACCUUCAGUUCGACUCUUCCUUUCCAUUAAAGACUUCUAUGUGGCCGAUAGGCCCGAUGGACCGAUGCGGAAGGCACUCAAGGGUGGAAAGGCGCUAAAGUGACACUCGUCCUUUCCUUCCCGUUGCGUAAGAAGACGUUUUUACAUCUCUUGUUUCCUAGACCCUUCUUUGUGAUAAUUUCCAUAAUGACAAUGGCUCAAUCCAGCACUCAAACCGUCUCUAUAGAAAAUGAUAAGAGUUCCAAAGAUGUUCCCUGGUACAGUAAGGACAUGACCUCGCAGCUGGGAGCGCCCGCCCGUGAUCUGCUGGAAAGGUACAGCAAGAUACCUGCGGACGAGGUUGAAACCCACAUUUACUCCGUGCGCGAUGAGGCUUGGCAAGUCUUCCCUUAUCCAUGUAUCGGUCAAUUCCGUUUCCUCGACCUUGGUAUUAGCCUCAAUCCGAACUACGAGACUGUCCUCGAACGCUUGAAGACGGGCAAAGAGAACUUCCUUGAUCUUGGAUGUUGUUUCGGACAGGAUCUCAGGAAGCUGGCUGCUGAUGGAGCGCCAUCUGAGAAUCUCUAUGGUGUCGAUCUUCGCCCAGAGUUCUUCGACAUGGGCUACAAGUUAUUCCGAGACAGGGAACUUCUGAAUGCCAACUUCAUUGUGGCAGACUUAUUCGACUCGAACAGCGAUCUACACUCGUUGAACGGAAAGGUAGACAUCAUCUCCGCUGGCUCGUUCCUACAUCUCUUCAAUUAUGAAGGUCAGAUUGAUGCUUGCAAAGUUAUUGUCAGGCUUCUGAGAGAAACAGCAGAGGGUUCGGUGUUGAUUGGUCGUCAAGUUGGGAGCUCUGAGGCGGGUGAGGUCGUCCAUCACUCGAACCCGGGCCAAUCCUUGUUCAGACACAACUCGAACAGUUUUAAGAAGAUGUGGGAAGAAGUUGGGGGACAGACACCAAGUGGACUGUCAAAGUGGAAGAACAUGUGGAAACAUCAGAUGUCGGAGAAAAGAAUCAUUGGGGUGAUACUGAGUUGCGUGUCAUUACAUUUGCGGUGUUCAGAGAUGCUUGAAUCCCGGAUGGCUUGUGUUGUGUAUGCUUAG